CAGGUCUCCUUCUGCACCUGCCGCUGGCAGCUGGGCGCCUAGGGGCCGAGCGACCCCGGGACCCUCGCGGCACCCUCCGCAGGAAAAUUUCCGACUUGGUUCCUGAGGUUCCUGCCUCAGCCCUAAGGAGGAAAGCACCCAUUCUCCCCUCUUUUCCGCAUUCCGGGCCUUUUCUGCUUCUCCCCAGCAUGGCCCGAAACUACAGGAGGGGAAACCCUCCUGGCCCGGCCUUUCUAGCCCCUGGCUGCAGUGAUUCCGCCUGAAGGAGAAUUAACCGUUUUCCCCGGACCCAGCUGCCACAAGCAUUUAGUAUUAGGCUGCCGCCUAUUAUUAGAGCGGGCUUAGAACAUCCUCAGCGAGGUAGGUCGGCGUUCCUUUUCUCACUUAAAGGUGAGGUGUCGAGACGCGUCCCUGGACAGACAGCGCCCGAAGGUCCAGGCCACUAUGAAGUCCACGGAGGCGGAGCUUUCCCCUGCGUGUAGGCCCGCGAACAAAGAACUACCGUGUUCUGAUUUUUUUUUUUUUUUUUUUUUUUUUUUUGGCUGAUGUUCGUCAUGCAGAACCUUGAAUCCCGAUGAAGAUUUGGAGGCCUUUUGUAUCCUCAGCAUCAGAGGUUGGAGUGCCGGAGUGCAGUAGCACGAGCUCCUCUCACUGCAGCCUCAACCUCCUGGGCUCAAGUAAUCCUCCUGUCUUGUCCUCCCAAAAUGCUGGGAUUACAGUCUCAUAAUGAAGACCUGGAAAAAGACAAAACAUCACAAAACUACCUAGGAAAAGGAAUGGAACAAGUAGCAAAGAAGUUAGGGGUGGCCCAUGAAGAGAUUCAAAGACUCACUGAUGAACUACAAGUGAAGGAGAAAGAACAGUGUAAAUUAGAUUCUGCGCUUAAGAAGGCUCAACUAGAAAUUGACAAAUUGAAGGAAAAUUUGGUAAAGCAGAAAGAAAAUGAUGCAGCUGACCUACAGAAAGCAAAGGAACACAAUCAGAGACUGGAUGAGGAAAUUCUGGCUUUAAGAAAUAGGGUUCGAUCACUUGACUCAGAAAAAAAGGUGCUUGGUGAAAUGGUUGAAAGACUUAAAGGAGAGGUGUGUGAAUCUCAAGACAAUAAGCAACUUGAAGAGCACUCCCCUGGAAAAACUGUGGGUGGUGAACAGAGAGAACAGAGCGUACUAGAGUAA